AUGGACUCGGAAUAUUACAGCGGUGACCAGUCAGGUGGGGCAGGGGCCUGGAGGUCAGAGUUAGGGGGCGGAGCGGUUACUGUGCGGGCCCUGCCCUUACCCAGCGCAGAUGAUGGUGGUGCUACCCCAGUGCAAGAUGAACGGGAUUCAGGGUCAGAUGUUGAGGAUGAUAUAAAUGAGCAGCACUCUGGAUCAGAUACUGGAAGUGUAGAACAUCAUUCAGAGAAUGAACCUAGUGAUCGAGAAGAUUGCCUCACCAAGAGGCAUCAUGUGACAGACUCUGAGAAUGAUGACCUCCAAAAUCUUAAUGCUAGUGACUCUGAAAGUGAGGAGCUUCAUGAGCAAAAGGAUAGUGACUCAGAAUCCGAAGAGCAUCCAGAGCCUCCUAUAAGUGAUUCUGAAAAUGAGAUUAUGAAUCACCACAGGAGUGACUCUGAGAGUGAGGAGACCAGGAAAUUGCCUGUUAGUGACUCUGAAAAUGAAGAACUGCUUAACGGGCACGUGAGUGACUCAGAAAACGAAGAUGUUCAAAAACAUCCUGCUAGUGAUUCAGAAGUUGAAGAGCUCCAGAAAAGUCCUGCCAGUGAGUCUGAGACAGAGGAUGCUCUAAAACCUCAAGUCAGUGAUUCUGAAAGUGAGGAACCUGUGAGGCACCGAGGAAGUGACUCAGAAAAUGAGGAGCUCCCUAAACCUCAGGUCAGUGAUUCAGAAAGUGAGGAGCUUCCUAAGCCUCAGAUCAGUGACUCAGAAAGUGAGGAACCUCAGAGGAAUCAGGCCAGUGACUCUGAAACUGAGGAACUUCCUAAACCCCGAAUCAGUGAUUCAGAAAGUGAGGACCCUCCAAAGCACCAAGCCAGUGACUCUGAAAACGAGGAACUUCCCAAACCCCGCAUCAGUGACUCAGAAAGUGAGGGUCCUCCAAGGCACCCAGCCAUCAGUGACUCAGAAAGUGAGGAGCUUCCCAAACCUAGAGUCAGUGACUCUGAGAGUGAAGAGCCACAGAAGGGACGAGCCAGUGAUUCAGAUACUGAGAAAGCCUCCAGGCACAAGCAAAAGCCCGAGUCUGAUGAUGACAGCAGUGGGGAGAACAGGGGAGAGGAUGGAGAAAUGCAAAAUGAUUCCUUUCAUUCAGAUAACCAUACAGAGAGGAAAAGGUUUCACAGUUCUGACAGUGAGGAGGAAGAACCCAAAAGGCAGAAAAUUGGUAGUGAUGAAGAUGAAGAAAAAGACGGGGAGGAGGAGAAAGUAGCAAAACGGAAAGUGGCUGUCCUCUCUGAUAGUGAAGAUGAAGAAAAAGCAUCAAAGAAGAGUCGUAUUGUCUCUGAUGCAGAUGAUUCUGACAGUGAUGUAAUAUCAGGAAAAGCAGACAGAAGAGACAAGACUGUAGCAUCGGACAGUGAAGAAGAAGUAGGGAAAGAAGAAUUGUCUGAUAAGAAAAAUGAAGAGAACGAUCUAUUUGGGAGUGACAGUGAGUCAGGGAAUGAAGAAGAAAACCUUAUUGCAGACAUAUUUGGAGAAUCUGGUGAUGAAGAGGAAGAAGAGUUUACAGGUUUUAACCAAGAAGAUUUGGAAGAAGAAAAAGGUGAAACACAUGUAAAAGAAGCAGAAGAUUCAGAUUCUGAUGAUAACAUAAAGAGAGGAAAACAUAUGGACUUUCUGUCAGAUUUUGAGAUGAUGCUGCAGCGAAAGAAGAGCAUGAGUGGCAAGCGCAGACGCAACCGUGAUGGAGGCACCUUUAUUAGUGAUGCAGAUGACGUUGUGAGUGCCAUGAUCGUCAAGAUGAAUGAAGCCGCUGAGGAAGACAGGCAAUUGAACAAUCAAAAAAAGCCAGCACUAAAAAAGUUAACCUUGUUACCUACUGUUGUUAUGCACCUUAAGAAGCAGGACCUGAAAGAAACAUUUAUUGACAGUGGUGUGAUGUCUGCCAUCAAAGAAUGGCUCUCACCCCUACCAGAUAGGAGUUUGCCAGCACUAAAGAUUCGGGAGGAGCUGUUGAAGAUUCUACAAGAGCUACCUAGUGUGAGCCAGGAAACUCUGAAACAUAGUGGGAUUGGACGAGCAGUGAUGUAUCUCUAUAAACACCCCAAGGAAUCAAGGUCCAACAAGGACAUGGCAGGAAAAUUAAUCAAUGAAUGGUCUCGGCCUAUAUUUGGUCUUACCUCAAACUACAAAGGGAUGACAAGAGAAGAAAGAGAACAGAGAGAUCUAGAACAAAUGCCUCAACGACGAAGAAUGAACAGCACUGGUGGUCAGACACCCCGAAGAGACUUGGAAAAGGUAUUGACAGGAGAAGAAAAGGCUCUUAGACCUGGAGAUCCUGGUUUCUGUGCUCGAGCAAGGGUUCCGAUGCCCUCAAACAAGGACUAUGUUGUCAGGCCCAAGUGGAAUGUGGAAAUGGAGUCAUCCAGGUUUCAGGGCACCUCCAAGAAAGGUAUCAGUCGACUAGAUAAACAGAUGAGAAAGUUCACAGAUAUCAGGAAAAAAAGCAGAUCUGCACAUGCAGUGAAAAUCAGCAUCGAAGGCAAUAAAAUGCCAUUGUGACCUUGCCUGGAAUGAACCCACAUCUCUAAAAAAUCCAUGAAAGACUUUGGAGGAAGAAGAUGACAUUUAAAAUUUUUUUAGUGUAUGUGUAAAUGGUUGGUUCCACUUGUAUCAAAUGUUGUCAUAGGACUAGCAAGUUCUCUCAAUUAUAUUUAAAACACUUAUUGUGUACUUUGUACAAAGGAAUACUAGUCUUACUGCUAUAAACUUUACAAAAUAAAAUUCCACUCUGGUUUU